AAAUUAUCAGUGUGUCAAUUAACUGUCAUUUGUCAGUUUUGUUUCCUUUUCCGCCGACGUGUGACAGCGACAGGUAAAAAUGCCAUCGGUAACACUAAAAGACGUGGACCAACACAAAUUUGUCAAGGCUUUUGCCUCCUUCCUCAAAAAAUCUGGUAAACUCCGUGUACCAGAAUGGGUAGAUAUUGUAAAAACCUCCCGUGCUAAGGAAUUAGCACCUUACGAUCCUGAUUGGUACUACAUUAGGUGCUCUGCUAUUGUCAGGCACAUCUACAUCCGCUCUCCCGUAGGAGUAGGUUCAAUAACCAAAAUUUUUGGCUCCCGUAAAAGGAAUGGUACCAAACCUUCUCACUUCUGCAGGGCUGCAGGUAGCAUUGGUCGCAAAGCCCUCCAGAGCUUAGAAGGAGUUAAAUUGAUUGAAAAAUCUGCUGAUGGUGGUAGGAAACUCACCCAACAAGGCAGGCGAGAUUUGGACAGAAUUGCAGCGCAAGUUAAAGCUAAGGAACGUAAAGCUCUUAAGGCUACUGUCCUUGCUUUGAUCGUAAACGUUUAGAACAAUGGCAGCUUGUGAUUCCUAGGGCUGAUAAAGUACUGUCUAGUUAUGAUUCUGUUUGCGAGCUACACUUUUUAGAAGAUGACAUUUUAAAAUUUGAUGAGACUAUUUUAACUAAUGGUACUGUUAGCAAAAUAAAAAGGGGACAGCUGAAAUUAAAGGAUGAAGUAAUACCAUGUACAUUCCCAAAUCUCCCUUUAUACUUGUAUUACAACAAUAAAAAAUCUGUUAACUCUGUUUUAUUUUACUCUUAAAAAUAUAUUGGUUCAAUUCAAAAAAAAAUUGCCACAAAAUUGUACUUAUCAAAUUUCAGCAAUUAAGAAACCUUUUCGAAUUUGGUCAUACAUACCAAAAUUAUAUUUUAUAUAGAUAAAAUUAAAUAAUUUAUCAAUUAAAACAUGCAAGACUUAUUUAGAAAUAAAUACAA